AUGGACGGGUCUUCUUCAGCGACGCCGUCGUACGACCUCAGUAUUUUCGACCCGAUGUAUCCGUUAUCGGAUGGCGAGUCAAGCAGUGACAAGAAAGUGGAGUCCACUGCCGUUGGCAGGGCCCGAUUAACCGGUAGAAUUAGGCCCGGUAAUGGGAACCGCCGCGGCACUAGUAGCAGCAGAGGAGCCUCUGCUGACUCCCUCGAGGACACGCACGCAGUGCAGACGUGGGGCACCGCGGGGCACUCGUCAGCGCGUAAGGACCGGGCGGCGGGACUCUCGCCACCUGCGUCUUUGGUCAGAAGGAACAGUGCGGGCAGCGGCGGCAGUCUGGGCAUAGUGGCUGCAACUUUUCGGCGCACCAAGACUCUAAACGAGGAGGGCCGUGUUGUCAGCCACAACUUCAUAGUGGUCCAGCCGCGUCCGGGACUGAGGGUGGAGAUACCGGAGGAGAACCAGGAGGAGUACGAACACGAGCUGGGAGAGAUUCUGCAGAAGAAGGUCAAUGGCAGCGCCAGCUCCUACGAUCAGCGGCGCCCACUUGGCGCCCACGGAAGAAGCCAGCUUUACGUCAGCGGCAGCUUCUGCUCGCGCGACUCAGUGACACUCAUUCUGCCGUCAAUAGGCCGACGCAUCACUUCGGCCAACAGGCGUAUCCGUACGAAGGACGUCUCGCGGAGCUUUUGGCAUCCGAAAGGUGCAGUUGCGGAGGGCAGUGCGCCGGUGCACGCCGACGAUGUGCCGCUGAAGACGGCGGUAGAGGUGGAAGCGCCCGUCUUUCGCGCGCCAGCGCGGAAGCUGCAGCCGAGUGAACCACCGAAAGCGCAGAAGGAUGUGCGGCAGCAUGCAGGGCCGUCUGAGUCUGCGGAUGGUAGCGACAGCAAGCAGAGUCGGCGUCGCGGUUUCUUCGAUCGCCUCCUCUGCAUGUGA